UUUAUUGGAUUUUUAUUAGUUAAAGAUUAUGGAAAAUUAUUAUUCACAAAAAUCAAUGUAUUUUUAAUGUGAUUUCUUAAUAUAUGUGAAAAGUCUAGAAUAUGUAUCUUUAAAAAACAGAGGGAGUACAAAUAAACUUACGCACCUCAUAAUUACUCAGACUGACAGGCACCCCAAAGCACGAGUCGCAAACAAUGUAGUCACCAAUCCACCACUGAUUUUAGAAAAAAACUUGGUGAUACACAAACAAUGUGUAUUUUAAUAUUUUGAUAGCUAAAAUAAUUGUAUUAUAAACAAAGAUAUUGUGGUAAUAAAUUACAAAACUUUUCUAACUCAAUGAUUUGAUUUUUUGAAGGUGUUACGUAAUUGAUGUUUUAUUGUUCCCCUAAAAACUUUACUCUUGAUUUUGUACGCAUACGUUUUCGCAGGAUUUGGUACCUUUGUAGAAAAUUUGUACUUCUACAAAAACUUUUCAAAAAUGUUAUAAAAUCGUUAAAUCUAGCGGCAAGGUUAAAAAUCCCACGAUGGAAAUAUAGUAAAACCAAAAAUAUAGGUGUUAUAUAUAACUGUAUAUCCCUUAUACACAAUCCCACUGCUCACCCUCUCUAGACCAUUUCACUUUAACUAAAAAAGAAGAGAGAGAGACUCACUUCCAAAUACACUAUAUCUAUCUUAUUCUAAUACUGUCUUAUCUGUGAAUGUGGCAUCUAUAGGAUUGCUCGGCCUGAGAAAAAAUGGGGAGGAAGACGUGGUUUGACGACGACGGGAUGAAGAAAGGAGAGUGGACAGCGGAGGAAGACGAAAAGCUCAUCGCUUACAUCAAUGAGCAUGGCAUGUGUGAUUGGCGUUCAAUCCCCAAAAGAGCUGUAGGUUUGCGGAGGUGUGGAAAGAGCUGCAGAUUAAGGUGGCUUAAUUACCUAAGGCCUGGGAUUAAAAGAGGCAAAUUCACUCCUCAGGAAGAAGAAAAGAUCAUCAAACUUCAUGCUGUUCUCGGAAACCGGUGGGCAUCCAUUGCGAAGCACAUGGAGAAUCGAACCGACAACGACAUCAAGAACCACUGGAACUCCUGUCUCAAGAAAAAACUGUCGAGGAACGGAAUUGACCCGAUGACCCAUGAGCCCAUCAACAAUAACCUCACCGUCACGACCACUUACGUAGAAUGUGGUAGCUCUUCUACGACUACGGGGCCAACAACGGAAAGCCAUUGUUCCUCCGCACCUUCCGGCUCGGCUUGUCUCCUGAACAAGCUCGCCGCAGGUAUCUCAUCUAGACAAUACGAUCUCAACAUGAUUAAGAACAUCUUGUUUGACCCGAGAACCACAAGCAAUUAUCAAGGUGAUAAAGAAGAGGCAAAGAGGGAUCAGAAGAUUGGUGGUUGUGAAGAAGAAGGCGAUUUUCUGAUAUGGGACGACGAAGAAGUUAGGCGUCAGGGCCGUCUUUUAGCACGUGCAAGUGGAGCGGUCGAAUAGGGUCCAAAAUUUUAGAGGGGUCUGUGAAAAGUUUGAGACGGCCCUGUUAGGCGUUAUAUGGAGACUGACGAAAUGGAGUACGAGACGACGCCGUACGUGUCCCUCUUGUACUAGAGUACUCGCAUCUUCUGACUCGGUCCUCUUGUACGCCGUACGUGUGUUGUAUGUAUUGUUGCAACGAAGAAAAAUAAUGUGGACCACUUUAACCAAAGAGAAUGACAGUGAAACGAAAAAUGCAAAAUAGCAGUACAAAAUGAAUUUACGAAAAUAAGUCGACGCCAAUGAAGAUUGUUUAGUUUGGGUAAUUA